AAAUGCACCGGAAGUAAACAUCACAUGAGCAUCAUGUGAUAACGUUCAGCAUGUCGGCUGUACUUUGUUGAACUAGUUUAUAGAGUUUUUUAAUUGUUUCAAAACUUCGGAUGUGACCAUGAGUGUAUUUAAGAGCUUGAAAGGAACUUUUCAAACUGUUCAGCAAGAUAUCGUAGAUGGUCUGCGAGCCUGACAUCGCUGGACUCAACUCCACGCCAUGAACGACUUAAGCAUCUUAGAGAGGAAGGCAUCAGUCUUGAUGCUGGAGCUGACCUUCUAUACAGGUAUCAGAAGGACUGGGCAGAUAUUCAGAACUAUACAACAGAAUCAGCAAAACAAGCUGAGAAAGUUGACAGCAUGAUCAGCACACUGUUCAACAAAUGUGAGAAACGAUGGGAAUUGCUAUGUCACCUUGAGCAAGAGGCUGCAGGCUUGUCAGCCUUAGUUGUCACCUUGAAUAGCCUGACCUCUGUUAUUGAAUCCUUGCAGCAGGAUUUUGAAGCAGUGGAGGAAGAGCUAGAUCAGUUAGAGAAUGUCUGCGAAGAGCAGACAAUGGAGAAAGAGAAAGCAUCACACUUGGCCCAGCUCGGCGCUUACCGCAAAGCCAAGGAGUCUGAGUGUCUUGCUGUGAAAGGCAAGCUGUGGGCUAUGUUAAGGGAAAAAGCCAAAGAAAAGGAAGUCCACAGAUCCCAUGUCUUGCAUGAACGACAGGAAGUAUUCCAAAAUGCCUUUAUUCAUGAUAUGGAUUUCUAUCGUGCUCAUGGCCAUGUAGAACGUUUACCUAGUGGCACAGAAUUUCCCAAAGUGAGCAGCCUGAGUGAGAUUCACAUUGAUGAAAGCAACAAAGCUUUGGAUGAAUUCCUGUCAUCAGAUAAUGAUCCAUCAUCAGAUGCUGCCACUGGGGAAGCUUUUAUUGAAGAUGACUACACUACUGAUUAUAGUGUUAAGCAGGAUGAAGAUUUUCAAGAGCUGGAUCUUCAACCUCAAGAACAAGCACUUCAGCUAGUUUUUGAUGACCCGGAUGUUCCACCUUCUCAGAAAAGGGGUAAAGGUGAUGCUGCUGGUGACAGGAAGAGGAAUUUAAGAAGGAAUAUGUAAAUGGUGAAGCAAAUGAAACACAAAAAUUGGAAAUCAGUGUGUUAAAGGACAGCCUGAAUAGCUUAGAGGAAAAUGAAGUCAGUUAAGAGGGUGGAUGGUAAACCAAGAAGUGAAAAUCAAUCGAGUGAAAAUGCUAAAAAGCAUUAUUCCAGAAUAUGAUCAGUUUCAUGAAAGAUUGACAUUUCAAGUUGUUGAAAUGUUUUAAAUUUCCUGAAAUCUCUGCCAAUGCAAAAAUGGAAGGCAGUUCCUUAGGGACCAUAUGCUGUUGUGGGCAAAUUGUUGUUUCUUUUCAAAAAUGGAUCAAAGAGAAGGAAGGGUUGAAAGGCUGGUGCUGCUGUGUUCGAAGUAUUUUGUUCCGAAUGUAAAGUAAUUAGAUCACAAAUAUUUUACCUUAUCUCUCUCGGGUAUGUGCUGAAGUGGAAGAAAAAGUGGUAAUUUUUCAUUUUAUAACUUGGCAUCAGCAUACAUUUGGUAUUAUGCAGGCACAAAUACGUAUGACAUUAUAUAUACACAUAUGCAUGUAUGAGCCCAUGUGCCUGUACAUAUGAAUUAACAUAUACUUAUACACAUGCAUAAAACUUGUUUGGUAUGUGCAUGCAUGUUUGUGUGUGAGAGAAUUUUGAAUGAGCUAUGAAAUAGUGCUGCACCUACUAUAAGGUCUUUCUGUUGUACAUAAAUUUUUUCAGAUUAAAAUGUUUUUCAGAUUCAAGGCUAUCUCAAGUAUCCUGUUAAUUUCUGUCAGCUCUUCUACUUCAAAUAGAUCCUGAGAAAAGGAACUUUGAAAUAAAAAACUUAAUAAUACAAAAGUUUUUUUUAAUUUUGUAAAGGCAAGUGGAUCGAACAUAAUUUAAAAGUAGAUACCAUUCAUGUUCCUUAGGUUUCAGGCUUGUGAGAAAGCUUUGAAGCAGGAUAUAUGUUGAGUAGGCAUGACGUAGGUAGGUUAAAUAUGUUGAGUACACAUGACUUAUGUAGGCAGGUUAAAUGGGAGCAUGUUUUAAUGUUGCAACAAGUGAGGUUCUGGCCACUUUUUAAAACCCAGCUGAGAAUUCUGACAUUCUGAUGUUGGAAACAGAGCAGUGUUAAUUCUCAGAUUUUGAAAACAGUAUUAGAUGUAAUAAAAUAAACUCUGUCACUUAUAAAUAAUCUUGACUUUAUUGAAGUAUGCCCACACUUCAGCUUUUAACAAACUGCACUUGAGGCAUUAACUAUAUAAGACUAAAUGCAAGGCAUCAGCUGGCAGUGACCAGAUGUUACACACUAUAUCAGAACUGUUUUUAGAUACUUGUAUGUUAUUACUCAAUAUCUUUUUCAUUGCUACCAAUUUCUGUGUACUGCCAUUAAUUUUGAAAUUGUUCUAUUUUGAGCAACUCUGCAAAAAAAAAAAAAAAAAUGGUGGUGGUAGAGGAAAUUUGAAUGUUGUAGGUAUUUUUCUUCAAAUACCAGUAUUUACCUCUGGCCAUGAGUUAAUAUGCUUGGCUAAGCUGUUGCUGACUCUAGUCAGGGGUUAGAUACAUAGAGAAUCUGUGAUAACAAACUAUCAUCAUAAAAAGUAAAUUCUCUUAUAAGAUUUUCCUUUUUUUGUCAUGAAUGCUUUUUUUUGUUGGUUGAAUAUUUUAGUUUUUGUUUUCCUUAUUUAUUCACAUCUUCAAGCAUGUAUUUUUGAAAACUUUUCAUGUGAAUAUUCAAUUUCAAUUUGAACAUAAUUUCAUUUUAUAUAUGGGUCGAUAUUGCUAGCAUUUUUUGGUUUUGGUUUCUAAAUGAUAUUUAUCAACUGUAUAAGUGGGUGUGUGUGUAAAUUUAUGGUGUUAAAUAUGCUGCUAGGAAGCUUCAUUCCUGAUUUGACUUUUCUUAAAGGUCACCAUCUAUUAAUUACAAAUUAUCAUGCAACAGCUGUUAUGAAAACUUAAUGCAUUGUGCUAGUGGUAAAUAUGUAGCUUGGUGUGGCAAAACUGUACAUAUUCCCUAUGUGUGUUGGGGAAGGGAUAAGUGCAAGUGCCUUUGCAUAUAUAUACACACUUCAUACAGCUUCAAUCCUUCGAUCCAAAAAGCAGUUGAAAGAUUUAAAAGCAUAGUUUGCUAAAAUAGUUGGCAAGUACUAAUUAGAAGGUCUCCUGCAUGGGUACUAACGAAGCAAAUAGAACAGUCAUGCAGUGUUGUAUCGUAUCCUGUGUUGCACAAAAUUUAAUUCAUGUAAUUAAAAAAAUAUUAUAACUGGCAAGUCUGAUUACCAGCCAGCAGAAUGAGAUCACGAAGGGAAAUCAUUUAACAUUUUAUUCAUGGAGGAAAAAGCCCAGUAAAGUAUGUUCAGUUCCUUUUUGUGAUGGUCUUUCUGUAGGUUUGACUUAAUCUACAGAAAAAAAAAUUGUAAUUUCAUGUAAUAAACAUGAUGAAUCCUUAUCAAUAGUGCAUGUGUCAAAUUGAAGAUAUUGCAAUACUUCUUGUCAGUUCUUUAGAUGGGAUUCUAAUUUAAUAUGGUAGUGGUUUUUUUUUUUUGGAGGUGUAGGUGUGUAGUUAAACAGAUGUUCUACUUCAAUAUAUGCAAUGAGGUUGUUUAUAUGAAUAACUUAAAUAAACUGGUACAAUGAUAAGCAGCAGAGGCACAUUUAUUGCGACUCAUUACUAAGAAAUUUUCAUUUAACAAAUCUGGUUUCAUUAAAUGUAGUCUAUUUUUGUAUAAAAACACUGCUAAUAAAUUAUGACUUAUUCUUUCA